CCACCAUGUCGAGUAUUUUCAACUGGAAAGCGUCACUCCGGUGUGAUCCAGACGUCGAGCCUUCUCCGAUCGAACGGGGGUUAGUCCUCCUGCUAUGGCGCCUCUGGAGAGUGUGCCCCCAGAACGAGAUAGCAGAAAUACAAGAAACAGAUAUCAACUCGGCGGCCGUCAAGGUGCCAGAGUACCCGCAAAUUCUCGUGACCAAAGAAGUGACGGUCACUUACGAAGAGGAGGCCUGAGAGGAUUGUCAACCGUAUACCCGGAUACCCCAACUGUUCCAGUCAUUCAUUUAACCACUCCGACCAGCGUCACUCGUUCGCCAGAUCUUGUUUACCUCACCUUCUUCAACACGGACUUGUUCAUUGAUAUAUUGCAUUGUCUUUGUUUUCCGUACCGUAAUUGGGCGUCAUAUGGCCAAUGUAGAUGGUCUUAGUGCUGCCGUUUCUUUAUCUUUCUUUAUCGAAGGGUGCCAGAGCGGACGUCAAGCCAUUGAGCAUCAACGGGUGGGCUCACCUAGAAUUCAGGCUUCUUCG